AAUUAAUUCUCUUAAAAGAAUAUUUCGAAUUUUUGUCUUCCAGUCUGACACCGCAUGUUGGUCGUCUUUGUCGAUUUCCCUUCAUCCUCAUCGAUUCAUUGAUUACUGAUUCCUUCAUACUCAUCACCUUCCACCUCUAGUAGUACUACUUCCGGCUGUUAUUUUGCUUCCACCACCACAGCCGGUUGCUCUAGUAAAUCAUGUCGCAGAAGCGGCAAAAGCAGGACGAUGUCAGUACUUCUUCACAGGAAGAACAGGAACAAGAACGGGAACAUCAGUCGUUUUCCGAUGCGGCAGCCCGUCGUAAACGUCCUUCUUUCAGAAAUGCAGUGUUGGAGGUGAUGAAGUUCUGUACAAUCCACAAGUAUGUGGAGCCAGUUUUGGAACCCUUGAUCCGCAGAGUAGUGAAAGAGGAAGUUGAAAUGGCAUUGGAAAAACAUUUUGCACACAUGAAGUGGGAUUGUGAGGAUGAGAUGGAAUCUUUUCACCCAAAGAGCUUACAGUUACAGUUCCUAAGUGCUCUAUCUCUUCCAGUUUUUACCGGGACCCGUAUUGAAGGAGGAGACUGCAACAUGCUAAAAGUAGCAUUAAUCGACGCUCAUACUGGGAAAACAAUUUCCAGUGGGAUCGAAUCAUCAGCAAAAGUGGAAAUAGUGGUUCUUGAGGGAGACUUUGGUGAUGAUUCUGAUGACAAUUGGACACUUGAAGAGUUCAGUGCUAACAUUGUUAGAGCGAGACGUGGGAAGAAACCACUUCUUCAUGGAAAUGCACUUUUGAAUCUUAAAGAAGGCAUAGGUUUAGUGGGUGAUCUUUUUUUUACAGACAAUUCAAGCUGGAUAAGGAGUCGGAAAUUCAGACUGGGAGCACGGGUUUUGGACAAUUUUGAUGGAAUUCGAGUGAGAGAAGCAAAGUCGGAGUCUUUUGUUGUCCGGGAUCAUCGUGGGGAAUUAUACAAGAAACAUCACCCACCGUAUCUGUCUGAUGAGGUGUGGAGACUUGAAAAAAUCAGCAAGGAUGGAGCUUUUCACAAGAGGUUGAACAAGGAAAAAGUCAAAACAGUCAAAGAUUUCUUAGUUCUUUACUUUCUAUACCCUGCAAGGCUUCGACAUAUUCUCGGAUCCGGUAUGUCUGCUAAAAUGUGGGAAGUUGCUGUGGAACAUGCUACAAGAUGCGUGAUAGAUGAUAACAAAUUGUAUUUGUAUUGUCCUCAAUCUCAUCAAAGGGAUGGCGUUGUGUUCAAUAUUGUGGGACAAGUCCUUGGGCUCCUUUCGAAUUGCAAAUAUGUUGUUUCCAACAAACUAUCAGAAACCGAAAAGACGGAAGCCCACAAGUUGGUGAUAUAUGCAUUUCAAAACUUGGAGAAAGUUGUUUCCUAUGAUGAUGAAGCAUCUCUUAGAACCGGAACUUGCUCUUUAACCGAAGAUAUAGGGAAUAAUGAUUACCUUCCAAAAGGGCGAUUUGAUUAUCCACAGAUGAACGCUCCAUCUCCAAGUGAAUAUGAGUCGAAUCAAAUGGGUUCAAUCAAUGUUGGAUUUGAUGAGCCUAUGGACUUCGCAUGCCAUGUCGACAACACCUUGAUUUGUGACCCGAGCUCAUCGAUGCAUUUACAGUAUCUUGGUACUUCUUCUUCUUCUUCACCCGGUGAUUUGCAGUGUGCAGUUGAUAGGUUUUUGUUUCCGUGUUCGGGCAUGGGGAAAGCUCAGAGGAGAUGGAAGAUUGUGUCGAGUGUUGUAAAGUGGUUCUCACUUAUGUUAGAGAUACGCAAGGGGGAUUUAUCUUCAAAUGCUCGAUUGGUGGAUGAAAAUACUCGGUUUUAGAGGCGAGUUAAAGUUCAAAUUUAUGGUUUCUUGUGUACAUACAACACCACAGCAGAAGGUUGGAUUUGGCUGAGGUGAUACGAUGUUGCUCUAUUCGUGUAAAUUACAUGGAGGCUGGAGCAUAAGCAAUGGUUUUAGAUUGUUGAUUGAAUGGAGUAUGAUGGUGCUAGAACUUGUUACCCUGUUGCCCGAAUUCUGAUUACCACCAAAGAGGAUAUGUCAAUUGUUGAUCUACUUUCGAUGUUGGAGUUGAAACGGGUCUAAGAAGUUAAAAAUUGGUGUAGCAAGAUCAUCUGAAUGUACAUACUUGAAGUUGUUUUAUUCAUUCUAUUUGUGUAAGAGAUUUGGCAGUUGAGGGCCGUUUGGGCCGUGUGUGUUAUGUGUUUCACAUAACCAAAUUUAGUUUAUAAAGAAAAUUUAAGUAUAAUUGUGUAUAGAGAAUAACUUGGUCAUGAUUUUGCCAUGCAAAGGGA